AUGCGAAAGAUAGUUCUGCCACAGGAUGUACUGGCUGAUGUACCUCACUGGACGGAAAACCCCUCGUUAUUCUUUUGCGAUGAGGGCAGCAAGUUAGACUUGGUUUUCGACCCCAUCCCUGGAAUGUACAAAUACCUUGACGGGCUUACAGUGCGGCGGACGAUUGACAAGAUUCGUGAGCGCUUUGUCAAAAUCGUAUAUCACCGACUGAAGGAAAGAUUAAGUCUAGGAUACAUUCGCUCAGAUUGCGUCGACGAUGUGUUGGCAAUCACUUCAAAAUCGGGUUUAAUCAGUCAUGAAUCCGACGACAUCAAAUCCAAGAUCACCAGGUGGUCAAAAUUGGGCAAGAAACUUGAUACAUUUUGCCUAAGCAUCGGAGGUUCUGCCAGCCAUGACAAUUGGCACCUGGGCAACCUUUUCUGUCUGCCUGAGGACUGCCAUGAUGAGUUCAUAAGACUUCUAGGUUUGACGGGGGCGGUUAGGGAUCAACAAGUCCAAAAGAUCAAAGAUCGUGGCAUACUGGAGGUGCAAGACAGACCUAAGUUAGAUAACCUGGCGGCUAAGAUAUUCGACGUCUUAUGGAAAAGGAUCGAAGUGUCCAUCGAUGAGAUAAAAAAAAAGUCACCGGAAUCGGCCUUGGGUGAGUAA